UGAAAUACACCACAUCCGAUUUCACCGCCAAAUCUUUAGCGCCUUUUCCAAAAAUUUCAAAAUUUCAUCUAAAAAAACAAUCAAGUAUUCAGUUCAAAGCAAAUUCAGAUUCAGAAUAGGCACAUUUUCCCUCUCCAUUUCCCUCUCUCUCCGUUUCGCUAUUCAGAGCUCCAAUUAGGUCAGCUCAAGGGGGUUUCGGAUCUGGUCGCUCGGCGAUUCAUCUCAAUCGCAUUACCAAGGUAUCACAAUUUCAAGCAUGAUUCACACUUCAAUCGUGUAGUUCCGCGUAUUUUUCCUUAAUCUGAAUGCUUAUAAAUCCUUUAGAUCCGGAAACCCUUGUUUAUGUUUGAGGUCUUGAUCUACCAGCUUUGGUGAUUUCAUGAACUCACGCAUCCAAAAAUUCCAUCUUUUUUCUUGGAAUUGUUAGGAAUCAUGGUCCGAGAACACAGUAUUGAAUCCUUUUAUGGUAAAUUGAGGGAGUCUGCUCUUGCUUCAGCGUCUAAUACCCCUUUGCUUAUCUUCCCAUCCACUUCCGAUGUAGAUUCUCUAUGUGCUUUGAAAAUUAUAGGCCAUGUUCUAGAAUCCGAUUCCGUUAGAUACGCUUGCUACCCCGUUUCUAGUUUCAAGGAGAUCCAUAAGUAUGCCGGACCUAGUCUCUCCUCUCCAUCUGGCGUUCCAAUCACUAUACUUCUGAUAAAUUGGGGAUGCCAUCGAGAUCUGAGGAAGAUUCUGGAAAUAGGGCCUAUAGCACGUGUUUUUGUCGUCGAUAGUCACCGCCCUAUUCAUCUUCAUAAUCUCAGUCAUCAAAACGACAGAGUAGUUGUUCUUUACACCGGAGACGAUGAGAAUCAAGCCGAUUUAUCUUAUGAUUUCGAUGUAUCUGCAUUGGCUGCUGCAAGUGAUUUAAACAGUGAUGAUGAAGUGGAAGAAGACGAAUCCGAUAGUGAAGAUGAAAACGACAGUGACGAUGAAGACGGUGGAAAUGGGAAUAGAAAGAAGAGGCGCCUUUCUGAAGACGGUGAAGCAGAUCCAUUAAAGCUUUUCAGAAAGCUCAAGAAAGAGUACUACCACAUGGGUACUUUCCAUGGAAAGCCAUCAGGGUGUUUAAUGUAUGAGCUCUCUCAUUACCUACGAAAAAACACCAACGAAUUACUCUGGCUCGCUUGUGUCUCUCUAACAGACCAAUUCGUCCAUGAAAGGCUAACAAACGAAAGGUACCAAGCUGGAGUAAUGGAGCUUGAACAACACAUCAACAGUUCAGGUAACUUAGACACCCUCACUUCAGUAACCCUAAAAGACGGAACAAAAGUCUGCGCACCCGAUGCUUCAAGAAUCGCAUAUGAAGAUGAACCAAGACUCAUGCUUUUACAAGAAUGGAACCUCUUUGACUCCAUGCUAUGUUCAUCCUACAUGGCAACAAAGUUAAAAACUUGGUCCGACAACGGGACAAAAAAGCUCAUGUUGCUUCUCGCCCAAAUGGGGUUCGCACUCGAUGAGUCCAAACAGAAGUUCCGUUACAUGAGUGUUGAAAUCAAACGAAAAAUGAAAGACAUGUUUGACCAUUUUCUCCCUGAUUAUGGACUUAACGACUUUUACUAUCGUGGGUUCUUGUUGUUACAUGGGUACAGCUCGAAAGUUUCAGCAGCUGAUGUGGUUUAUGGAGUCACAGCUUUACUAGAGUCCUCCGAGUCAAGCGGGUCAACCGGGUUGAACGGGUCAUGUGCUUUUGGUGAAGCGUACGAUGCUUUAUCGUUGAAGAAACUUGAAAAACUUGAAAUGGGUAUGAGACAUGCGAUCAAGAUUCAAAGGGCGAUUUUGAGACAAGGAAGCACUGCGAUCACAAGAAAGGGUUCGAUUAGAAGCGGGAGUAAGUUCAGAUGGGUGAAACUUGAAGAUUCAGCUGACACAAAGCUUUUGGGGUAUCCACAAGCUUUGACUAAAUUUGGGUAUUUUUUGAUGGAUGCUUUGAGGGAAAAAGGGGCAAAAAUGAAACCUUUGAUCUGUGUUUGUUAUACACAAGGGAAGGAGAGAGUUUUGAUUGUUGGGGUUUGUGGGAAACCGAGACUAGGGGCAAUUCAGGGAAAUGCAUUUGGGAUUGCAUUUAGGAAUGCUGCUGAAGAGACUGGGGCUGAGUUUUUUCAUGAACUCUUUGAGUCAUCAUGGAUUGUUUUGGAUUCAAGUGCUGUGAAUUCAUUCAUGAUCAGGCUGACUGAGAAGCUACUGUGAGUUUUUUUUUUUAAUCAAAAAAAUGUAUUAUUUUAUCUUGAAUCUUGAUGUUGUUUUAGAGUCUGCAAAAUCUAUUAAUAAAAAAGAAAAAAAAAACCAAAACUAAACUUAGCCUUUUCUAAUCAUUAUAUUAAUUAGAGUAGUUAUGACAUAGAAACCUUGGCAACUGAGUUAUUUGUGUUGUUAAUUUGUUAUUAGUUUGAGUUUGAGUUUUACCAGGUUUAUUGUAUUUGUAGUCAAGUAUCUUUGUUAUUAAGUGGUUAAAAACUAUGGAGAUUUAUGGUUGA